GUGGAAAAGGAAAGGGGAGGAAGAAAAGGAGUGAUGUGGAGUUGUGUUGUGUGUGGGGAUACUCUGAGAUACUGUUGGUAUAUUCCCUUCUUCUCCACCGAAUUUAUCUUUAUCUUUGCCUUUGCACUUUGCCCUUCCUUGGAUGUGAUACCUAAUCAACCACUCUCAACACGGAGACCAACCAACCACCCACCACCAGAGCAUAGAAACAGAGCAGAGAACAAAGCAGAGCAGAGAGAAACACAGAGAGAGAAGGAGAGAACAAAGCAGAGAGCGAAUUGUGUUCGUUUUGCAAUGGUUUGGAGGUUUGUUAAUGGCGUCAUAGACUCGGGAGAUUAAGGGAGAAGAAGUACUCUGCAUCUUCUGGAUUUCUCACUAUUUCUCUUCGGCCAGAGGAAUAGGUGAGAAAUUGAAAGAAAAGGUUUUCUUUGUUUCGUUUAAACAACGUCCAACGCUUCUUAUGGUUCGAUGGAAAUUCUUAAGUGAUGGAGGAAAAUCUGUUUUACUUCGCAUGAGCAAUUAACGAAACUUCAUCAUGAUGGUUUCACUGUCACACUGGUGGGAAUAUGCGUGAAUGAUUGUCAAGAGACCGAUCUUGUUUCUCACUUCGUUUUAUUUGUUUGCACUCUAUCCUGUUUCCCAUUUAUACUUCAGAUUCUAGCUCCUUUUGGGCAUAUCUCCUUUGGCAAAAGUAACAAUUAAGCAGCAGCAUAAGUGAAGUAUCUCCCGCUACAAGUCUUUGAGCUUUCAAAUUUCUUUGAAGUUUGAAGCUCCACCCUCAUUCUAGGGCAUAUCUCCUUUGGCAAUUGGAACUCCAAUCACAUCUUGGGUUCCCUUUGAAGUUUAUCUAACUGGAAACUUCAGUCCAUUCGUUGGGCAAAUCUCCUUUGGCAUUUCGGAGUCCUCAGUUGGCUCACCUUAUCUCUCGUUCGAGCAAAUCUCCUUUGGCAUUAUCCGAUUCCGCAGUUGGCUCCCCUUAUCUUUCAAAGAGCAAAUCUCCUUUGGCAUUAUCUGAGUCUUACACUUGACUCCUAUUAUCUUAGUCGAGCAAUUCUCAUCACGGUCUGCAGUUUCAGUUGACCUUUGCUGUCAGUCCAUAUCAGUCAUCUAACGUGAGAAUACACCUCCUAUCAAAGUAACUGGAUCUGUUAAGAAAGACUGCAGGGAAGCUACACCGUUUCUCAUCAAGUUCCGUGGCAGGCAUCUAAACUAUGGAUAUGUCCCUUACUGACUCUGAUUGGGAUAGCUCCAGCGACAGUGGUAGCAGCGAACACGAAGAAGUCGAGUUUUCUUAUGGUGGGCGGGCUCAGAACAUUUUCUCAAACCUUGAAGAGACCAUUGGCAAAAUCGAUGAGUUCUUAUCGUUUGAGAGGGGAUUUAUGUAUGGUGACAUUGUGCGGUCCACAACUGACCCAUCAGGACAGAGUGGCAGGGUUAUCAAUAUCGACAUGUUUGUCAAUCUCGAGAGUACUCAUGGGAAGAUCAUAAAGGAAGUUGAUACCAAGAGGCUUCAAAAGUUGCGUUCUAUUUCACUCUGUGAUUAUGUGAUUAACGGACCUUGGCUUGGAAGGGUUGGCAAAAUAGUUGAGCGUGUCUCUGUCACCCUUGACGAUGGGUCCAAUUAUGAGGUCCUUGUAGAUGGUCAAGAUAAACUUGUGGCCAUUCCCCCAAAUUUGCUCGAGGAGUCUCAAUAUUCUUAUUACCCAGGGCAAAGAGUUCAGGUAAAGCUGGCCCAUGCCCCCAGAUCAACUACAUGGUUAUGCGGGACCUGGAGGGAGAAUCAGGUUAUGGGAACUGUUUGCGCUGUAGAAGCAGGGCUUGUCUACGUCGAUUGGGUUGCCUCCAUCGUAAUGGGGGGUGUUCGGAAUCUAACUGCACCUCAAGCUUUACAGAAUCCUGAGAGUUUAACUUUGUUACCCUGUGUUUCUCAUGCAAGUUGGCAGCUUGGUGACUGGUGUAUACUUCCUGGCUCUUCCCACUGUGAUAUAGCAGAGCGACAAACUCCAAAUGUGGUUGCCUACAAUCUCGAAUGCCAUAAGACAUUCCAAAAAGGGUUUAACAGAAAUAUGCAGAACUCAGGUUUGGAUGAGCUUUUUGUUAUUACAAAGACAAAGAUGAAGGUCGAUGUUAUGUGGCAAGAUGGCAGCUGCAGUCGGGGAUUUGAUUCCCAACAGCUGCUUCCUGUUGGUGCUGUUAAUGCUCAUGAUUUUUGGCCUGAACAGUUUGUUGUGGAAAAGGAAACCUGCAACAGCAAAAAAUGGGGAGUUGUGAAGGCUGUCAAUGGAAAGGAACAAACUGUGAAGGUACAAUGGACAACACAGGUUGAGAAAGAAGCAACAUGUUGUGUUGGUGAGGUGAUGGAGGAAAUUGUCAGUGCAUAUGAACUGCUUGAGCACCCUGAUUUUGGAUUCUGUUUCAGCGAUGUGGUGGUCAGGUUACUUCCAGAAAGAAAAACUGAUCCAAAUGCAGACACAAUCGUCCCUGCAGAGACAAAACACCUACUUACAGAGAGUGACUACAGUGGCGCAUAUUGUUUGUCAAGUAUUGGUGUUGUUACAGGUUUUAUAAAUGGUGCCGUGGAGGUGAAAUGGGCCAAUGGUUCUACUAGUAAGGUUGCACCAUGUGAAAUUUGGAGGAUGGAAAGGUCUGAACUUUCCAACUCUAGCUCUAUAAGUUCGGAAGGCAGUGUUCAAGAUCUAAGUCAGAAGAUUAGUCAAUCGGAUGAAGCAUCUUCAAACCAUCAGGAAACGGGUCUGGUGAAGCUCUGCGGUGUUGAUGAAGGCUGCCACAAGAAAAUUCCAGAAUGUAGUUCAUUUUUCCUUCCAAAAGCUGCCAUUGGAUUUAUCACAAACCUUGCAUCAAGCCUUUUCGGCUCUCAGGGUUCCACUUCGGUUGUUAAUUCACAUUCACGUUGCAAUGAUUCUGAAGAUCAAAGUGACUCUGAGGUCCUUGUUCAAGAAGCCGCAGAAUCAUAUGACAACUCUGAAUCAAAUUCAGGUGAAGUGGAUAUGACUCUGGCGGUCAGCAUACCUAUAGAAGAAAAAGGAAUUAACAAGACACUGGAUUCAACUCUGCUAGAGAACAGCAGGAAACAAGUGGGAUUCAGACAGUUUGAUAUGGUUAAUGACUGCUCGGACCAUCAUUUCCUUUCUUCAGAUAAAGGGUUGGCACAAUCUCAGGUCACAAAGAGUUGGGUGAAGAAAGUCCAGCAAGAAUGGAGCAAUUUGGAGGCAAAUCUCCCGAACACCAUAUACGUGCGUGUGUAUGAGGAAAGGAUGGACCUUCUGCGUGCAGCCCUAGUUGGUGCCCCUGGAACGCCAUAUCACGAUGGGCUUUUCUUUUUCGACAUAAUGCUUCCACCUCAAUAUCCUCACGAGCCACCCAUGGUACAUUAUCAUUCAGGUGGGAUGCGACUGAAUCCGAACCUGUAUGAGUCAGGAAGAGUUUGCUUGAGUCUGCUUAAUACAUGGAAUGGCUCUGGCACUGAAGUAUGGAACGCAGGGAGCUCCUCCAUCCUUCAGGUUCUUCUUUCAUUUCAGGCUCUGGUUCUGAAUGAGAAGCCUUACUUUAACGAAGCUGGCUAUGAUAAGCAGUUGGGCCGAGCCGAGGGAGAGAAAAACUCAGUCAGUUACAAUGAGAAUGCAUUCCUCAUCACCUGCAAAUCCAUGAUCUUGUUGCUUCGCAAGCCUCCAAAGCAUUUUGAGGUGCUUGUGAAGGACCACUUUAUGCACCGGGCCCAGCAUGUUCUGGAUGCGUGCAAGGCUUAUAUGGAAGGCGUCCCUGUAGGAUCAUCAGCGAACCUGCAGGAGAACUCGACCACAAAUUCCACCGGUUUCAAGAUCAUGCUCUCCAAACUCUACCCAAAACUUCUUGAAGCAUUCUCAGAGAUUGGAGUUGAUUGCGGCCAAGAGAUUGGACCGGAAUCAUAAAGAUCGGUAAUGUUCUGAUGUCGUAACAUCUCCCUAACAUCCAAUAACUGCUGUAUAAUAUCGGUUUGCGAGGUCGGUAAUUCCCUCCCCAUGUAGAAUAUAUUUUGUGCAAUGCGUGAGAAUAAAACCUCUGUAAAAUAGGCUCAUCUUGUAUAAUAUCAAAGGCUUGUAGUUUUGCAAGAACGAUGUACCAUCUUUUGUAAUAUAACACUUGUGUUUGUAUCUUGUUCUUA